AUGUCCUCAUCCGGAGAGCGCAAGGUAUCUGCUUCUCUCGGCAGGUCGGUUCGAGGCACUACCCCACGCCUUGCCGACCUCGCAUCUACGCCCGAAGCUCCUCGCACACCGACACUCGGGCGCUCAGUGUCCUCCCUCUUCGGCUCCCCCGGCGGCAGCUUCCGCACCGAAGAUGAGUACGUUGUGAUCGAACUUGGAUCGCGGUAUGUGCGCGGUGGCUUCCCGGGCGAGAGCACCCCACGGUGUACCUUAUCCUACGACCCGGACAAUCAGCGGCGGGUGGGAGACUAUCGCCAAUGGGAUCCUGAGUACGGACAAAAGAGGCGGAAGCCGAAGAGGGGGCAAGAUUGGGGACAGGAAUUCGAGCUGUAUCGCAUGGAUUUGAGCCAAGUUGACUUGGGAGUCGUCGAGGACAAGUUCGAGAGGAUCAUGCGGGAGGUGUACAACACGUACUUCGUGCUCGACACGAAACCGCGCCGGAUUCUCCUCGCACUGCCGCCCAAGAUGCCUCAUGCUUUGAUGUCGACGUUACUGGACGUCCUCUUCGGAGGCUUCCUAGCACCGAGCAUCACCCUCAUGUCUUCGCCAGUCCUCUCAACUGUUGCCGCAGGGUUGCGAUCAGCAUUGGUGGUGGACAUUGGUUGGGCUGAGACCCUUGUCACUGCUGUUUGUGAGUAUCGCGAGGUGCACGAACAGCGAACGGUACGAGCGGGAAAGCUGUUAAGUGAAGAGAUGGCAAAAGUGCUCAAUGCGGCACUGGAUGAACAUGCUGGUUAUCAGGAGUUUGACGACAUCUCUUUCAAGGAAGCUGAAGAGGUACUUUCGCGCGUCGGUUGGUGCAAGUCAAAGCCUAGGUCAAAUCGCCGAACACUAUAUUUCCCUGCACGCACAUCGCCCAUUCUUGAGGAAUUCGAAGAUGCGGUCGAGACGCCUGAGCCGACGGUGACCAUACCGCUUUCGAAAGUCUCGCCCCCAUCAGAGAUCGCCAUACCUUUUGCAACGCUUGCCAAACCUGCUGAUAAUGCACUUUUCGCUACUGAGACCGCCCUGAAUGAAUUUGAUGAUCACGAACUGCCGUUGCAUCAUCUCAUCUAUCGGGCGUUACUGUCCCUACCUAUGGAUGUUCGUCGCCUAUGCAUGUCACGUAUUAUCAUCACGGGUGGUGUCGCUGCCCUACCGGGACUAAAGAGUCGCAUCCUUGCCGAGCUCGAGGCGCUCGUCCACACGAAAGGCUGGGACCCCGUUCGCAACUAUGGCACCGCCAGUGCACGACAUGAUCACAUCUUGCGGCAGCAAAAAGAAGCUGUCGAGCUAAGGCGGCAAGAAGGGGACGACAAGAUUUCGGAGUCGUUGGAUCCAGACAACCCUCUUCCGGCAGGUUUACGUGGUCACGAAGAAGACACCAUUGAUGCAAAGCUUGCGCACGUCGCCUUGAGAAAUGGUCCGCCGCCGGCCAGUGUCGUUGGUGGAAUAGUGCGUGGCGUCGAAACAUUGGGUGCUUGGGCAGGCGCGAGUUUGGUCGCCCAGCAGCGCAUUAGAGGUAUCGUCGAGAUUGACCGGGAGCGGUACCUACAACAUGGGCUGCAAGGUGCGAGCAAGGAAAAAGAAGUAUCAGUCGUACCACAGCGGCAGAGUAUGGGACCUGGUGUAGCCAGAGGUGCUGGUGAGCGAGCGAGCUGGACGUUGGGCGUGUGGGCGUGA